AUAGUUAAUUAGUUAUAUUGUGACAACAGUUUAAGAUGGAAGAAACAUCUAGCAACACAUCUAAAGACGGAAAUCAACUGACUACCUUUAGUACUGAUGAAUUGGUUGAAGUUGAUUCUAGAAAAUUAUUUAAAAGUCCGACCAAGUUAUCAGUAUUUUUCGCAAUCUUGGCGAUAUUGUUUUUCAUAAUAAUGGUUGUAUUCAUAAUUUUAUAUUUCAAUAAACAACCAAAAAUAUGCACAUCGCAAGAAUGUUUAAGAACUGCUAGCAAUUAUCGAUCUUCCAUGAAUGAUAGUGUGGAUCCUUGCGAUAAUUUUUACGAAUUCGUUUGCGGUAGAUGGUCCGAAGAACACCCCAAUCAUUUCUGGGAGAGUUCUUUUUACAGUGCGUCUAUAAUUAGGGAAAAAAUCGUCAUAGAUUCUGUAAAUAUUCUGAGUGAAGAAAUGGAUAUCGACAAUGAACCAGAAGCGGUGAAAAAGAGUAAACAUUUUUAUAAAUCCUGCUUAGAUAUUGAAACUCGAGACAAAAUGGGUAUAGCAGUUAUAUAUCCGUAUUUGGAAAAAAUGAAUUUACCAAUCGUGCCGAGUUUUAUGACUACAGGAAACAAAUCGGAUGUUAAAUUCAAUUGGAUGUUGACAGACACUUUGGCCAAACAAAUUCUUCAGAUGGACAUCUUUAUUGGAUAUGUUAUAGGCCCGAAUAUGUUUAAUUCAUCCCAAAAUGUUUUAAGUGUUGGGAAUACCCUUCGGAAAAGCCCUUUACCAAGACAUAAAAUAACAUGGGAAAAUGUUAAAGAAUUUGGUAAUAAAGAUAAUGACACUGCAAAAGAAUUAGCAAGGAAUCUAAAUAUCAACUUAAUUACGUAUGUGAUGAAUGAAUUAAUUUUGAACAAAACGGGACAAAAAGCAGUUGGUGAUUUACUGAAAGAAGCUGCCGAUGUUAUAAUAGAGAUGUCUGAUUUAAUAGAUGAGAUUAUAACAAAUACUACGAAUAGUAAUCAGCAAGAAGAACAAGAAGAAGACAAAUUUUCAAUAACAGUGGAAAAUCUUCAAAAUGAAAUUAUUGAUUAUUUAAAAAAACCGAAUCACAAUUUCUUUACAACCUACUUUAGUUACUUAUUUAACAAUACAAAUGUCACUAUAAACAACGCAUCUGAUCUUAUUUAUGUCACCAAAGGAGAUGUGAAUUACUUGAAGAGAAUCAUGGACUACUUAGCUGAAUUACCAGACAUCAAUAUUGAACUGUAUAUGUGGUGGAGCACCGUUUCUGCAAUGAUGUUUAAUACUUCAAGUGAUAUUGCGAGCUACAUAUUAAAACAAGUUAGUGCGUUUUCUGGUAACUAUACAAGUAUUGUAUCUCAACCAAGGUCUGUGAGUUGUACCUUAUUACUAGUAGAGAGAGGGUUUCUGCAAUACGCCAUUAGCUACGCUUUAGCAGAUCGAUCAUUUCAAAAAGAAACAAUAUCCAAAGUAGAAAAUAUGAUGUUAGAAAUAAAACAAGAGUUUUCUAACAGCGUAAAAAGUUUAACUUGGAUAGAUUCGAAAACGAAAGAUGCAAUUUUUGAAAAACUUAAGGAAAUGUUCACGUUAAUCGGCUAUCCAAACUGGAUGUUUGAAAAAGGCGAGUUGGAUAAAUAUUAUAAAAGUAUUAUUAUAAAACCAGAUACAUUUUUAGAAAACAUGGUUAAUAUUAUAACAUCUGAUGCUAAAGAGAAUAUGAAUUUGUUAAGAGAAACCCCAAAAAGGGAUGAUUGGUGCGGCAAUCCUGCAGUUGUUGAUUCGUAUUAUGUUCCGAGUAGAAAUUCACUAGAUAUAUUAAUGGGUAUUAUACAUUUUCCACUUUAUAAUUUAGGACUUGAGGCUUUAAAUUACGGUGCAAUCGGAACCAUUUUAGGACAUGAGAUGAUUCAUGGAUUUGAUAACAACGGUAGAAAAUACGAUAAGAAUGGAAAUAAGAAGCAAUGGUGGACCAACCAAACUAUAAAAAACUUCGAAAAUUUAACCGAGUGCUUUGUUAAGCAGUACGAAGAUUUUAUAGUACCAGGUGUAAAAGAACAUGUUAAUGGAAAAUUAAGUCUUGGUGAAAAUUUGGCAGACAAUGGUGGCUUGAAUCAAGCAUUUAAAGCAUACACAAAUUACAUACGUAAAUACGGAAAAGAGCCGAAAUUGCCUGGUUUUGAAAAUUACAAUAAUUAUCAAUUGUUUUUUAUUGCGUACGCAAAUCAUUGGUGUACAACUACAAAUGCCCAAGAUUUGAAGGAACGACUUCAUUUCGAUGUACAUAGCCCGCCAUUUAUCAGAGUUUUGGGAGCUCUUCAAAACUCAGAAUCUUUUGCCAAUACUUUUGAAUGUCCAGAAGAUAGUCCCAUGAAUCCAAAGAAAAAAUGUAAAAUUUGGUAGAUACCUACUUAUAAAUAAAACUUUCGUUUUUUGUGAAAAUAUCUCAUUCACACAGUUGAGAUUAUAUUAUAAUACUGUACUGGACUUUUGGUAAAGUGUUUCAUUUUUAUCCAGAGUGA